UAAUUCAUUAUUUGUAUAAAACAAAACAGAUAGAUCUAAAAUACUAAUUGUUUGACCAAUAUAUAUUAUAUAUACAAAUAUCUGGGCCAUCAAUUUUAAAUAUUUUUUAAGUAUAUGGCACAGAACAUAGAGUAUACCCCUAAAAACGUGUAAAUAGUAGUGAAAAUGUUACGCGAUCAAUAUAUUUGAUGUGCGAAUAGAGAGAGUGGAAUUUAGAAUUUUUAGACCCGAAACUUGAGGUUUACUUGACUUCCGACUUUGACUGCAAAGUUGAGUGUCAGUUAAUUGUUUACCGAAUCCAACAAUGUUUGACUUUCACCAUUUGCAAAAAAGUGAGAACGAAACACGCAGGCAAUUAGCUGAGGAACCAAAUAUCCAUAUAAUACAUUUUAAGAGUAAAUGAGGAAGCGGUAGUUCAAGUGAAGAGGCUUCAACUGUCCGGCAGUAAAAGUCAAGUUAACGAACUGUGACCAAAUCGAAGAGGCUCUUUAAAAAAUAAUUACACAUUGAAUGACCCAAAGGUCAGUUACAGGUACUCAGUCAAGGCUGUCAUUGUAUUGUGUGGGACUUGCUUUAUGAAUAGUUUAUAAAAUGAGGGGUUUUUGUAGCAUUUUUCAAAGUCAUAUUUAAAGCGCAUUUAAAUUCGAAAUGGCAAACAAACAUUGUAAAGUGCCAAAGCUAUGAGGUAGUCAAUUAACGAGGCAGAAAUUGAUUGAUUACCCGCUAAUCUCUAAACGUAGAAAUAAUUAUGUUAUAAUUAUUUGCACGGAAUGCUGUUAUUUUCAAAAUGACCAAUGCAGUUUGUGAGUCCUACAACAAAUCCUGGAUCGAGUUCGGGGUUUGUCGACUGAGAGCCGUUAGCCGAAAUAAAGUCUGCCUUAAUGUCGAUGCCAAUUUGCUUCAGCCGGUUCACGAUGUUACAGUCAAGGCCCAAUUGAUGAAAAAGGCCAAUGGAUAUAAGCCGUGGCUCUAUAGUGUCAAUUUCGAUGGCUGCCAGUUUAUAAGGCGGAGAAAUAAUGCCCUAAUUCGCCUCGUUUGGGACCUUUUUAAAGAGUACUCGACCAUCAAUCACUCCUGUCCUUAUGUGGGUCUGCAACAAGUUAAAAACUUUUAUCUGAGAUCCGAGAAGCUGCCCACACCCAUACCCACUGGGGAAUAUCUGCUGAUGAUUGACUGGGUGAUUAACAAGAGGCCACAAGCUGCCACAAAUGUGUACUUUACCUUCGUGGAGGAUCUGAGAGAUAGUUAAAAAAUAUGAUAACAUUUUGAUCAUAAAAUAAUUU